CCAACACUGCGCCGCAGUCGCUCCGAGUCGUUCCAAGCUUCGAGUUGACUGUAGCGUUGUGUACGUCCGUUCGGUCGGAUUUCUCACUCCGCGUCCUCGGUUUCGAGGAACUCUAUCACCAACCGAUAAACCAUUAUCGCGGUUGACGCGCGUCGGACCGUCAACUCACAUCGCAUUCUCUCGCCAGCGUCCGCAGUGUGAAAAACUACGAAAAUGACGGUAAUCACGAAAGCGAUCACCGAGAAGAAGGCGUCCGACAAAAUGGAGCAGCCAUUGUUUGUGGAGGAAAACGCGGCGGAUGGUACAAAAGCUGAUCCUGAAGCAGGACGUUCAAAAACAGAUGCGGUCCCCAGAAGCCGUUGCUUCAUAUCUAGAACAAGCAUUCACCGUAUACAUAUGGCGACAACAUUUUUGCUCUUUCUUCUUGCACUAUCGAUACUGCUUAUCGGCAUGAUCGGUGGGCUAUAUAUCUACAAACAAUAUGCCAGGACUCAGAUGCGCAGAUUCAGUACUGGCUGGUACAGCAUUCCAUAUGACAGCUCAAACAAAGCAUCCUAUGGCAAUAAUGCAGUUCAUCAGGGACUUUUGGCUGAUUCUGAUCUGUUUACCAAGAGUCUCACCAGAGCCAUGGAACAGGACGCUCUAGAUAUUGCAAGGCACAUAGAUCAUGAUAUUAAUAAUUUCUUUAAGGAGAGAUUUGAGAUUGAUCUUGAGAAUGAGCAUUAUGAGAAGAUUGACGUGCCUGAUUUUCGCGGUGGACGACAAGGUCGUUUCAUACAUGAUUUCAACAUUAAUAAGACAGGUAUUAUAGAUAUUGACGGUCAGUGUUGCUUUGUCAUGCCACUGAAUCGCCAGCGCGUAUUGCCACCUCGUAACAUGUAUGAUCUCCUUAGAAAAAUGUACAAUGGUUACUAUGAAGUGAACACUGCAGUCGUACGAGAAACUAUGAAAGUAGUCACGCCGCCAAUUACUGAUAUGUCGAUCGUUGGAACAUACAUAGCGCGUGAAUGCCAGGACUUGCCUACUUAUAUGCUGCAGAAAGUGAAUUCUUCUAGUAUUGUAAAACGCAGCGCAUCACAGAGCGGAGUAUUCGGACAGUUUGCCGGUAAUAAUAUCGUGGAAGUCGAUAUUGUGAAUUUAGAAGACUUCGAAUGAAACUAUGAGAAAUCGAGAAGUGGGAAUUUUCAAUUAUUCUAGAAUAUUAAAACCACCAGUAGAUCAAUGUAUAAAAAUUAUAAGCUGUCCAGGGCAAGCUUAGGUAAAUAUUCCGUCGAAUUUAGAAUUAUUAUUUUGCAUUUUAUUUGUGCAUCAAUUAAUUUCUCAUCUUUGGCAUUUUUCUAAACUAUAUUUCAAAUAUAUAUUCCUAUAUUUAUCGAGAUCUUCAUUGUAAGUCUUUCCAUUUCUAUUAGUUAUUCCAUUUUCUAUUAAUUUUAAAUGAUAACUUUACAUCUGUUUUUUCAGUUGAAUUUCUUACGGUUCACCUUUUCUCUCCACGUUGCAGAAAAAAGAGAAAUGAUGAACCGUACAAGAAGUUCAGCUAAAAAGAACAGAGCUAUUAUAUAAUGCUAAUACACAAUUUGUUAUUAUCGAUCUGUAGUAUAUAAUACAUCAUGAGAAACUAUAUCAUGAGAGGUUAAAUGUGAACGACUGAAUUACUAUUAAAAAAAUGCAAGAAGUUUUAGCAGGAUGGUAUAUUGUCUGCUGGAUCAUAGGAAAAUUAAUAUUUCUUCCAUAUUCUUGUGGUAUGAUAUUCGAUUUAAACAGAUAGCAAGUGCAGUGUUACGCCAUAGUAGUAAAACGUUUAUUAUUAUGGAUUCUGGCACAUAGCUUGUUGACUAUAUUUAUGAAUGUCUGCGUUAAAAAAACGAUAAAACCAGUAGAAUAGCCGUGCACUAAGUGGUUGCGCUUACGAUGCAGUUUUACGAUACGUUAUCAUUAGUAAAACUAUAGAUAUAUUCAUUUGUGAAUUCUAUUUAGAAAAUCUAUCGCGUUAUGGAUAAUGCUUGUGUAAACACAGUAAGCUCGAGGUAUAAAAACACGAAUUAUUAAUAUUGCGAAACUGAAAAUAAUUUUUAAAAUGUGUUUCGAGAAAUAUAUUGAGUUUGCAAUUGUGAUUAAUAUGUAAAACAGGUUAAACAUUCAUAAGAUUACUGCGACUAUAUAAAUAUUUUUACAAUUUCAAUUGAGAAAAAAAACAGAAGUUACAGAGUAUCAAUUCAAGAGAAAAAGUCUUGAUAUUUGACAUUCCAUGUAAGACAUGCUUAUCUCUUCUGCAUUUCUAAUCGUGUUACAUACUUCAAUAAGUAUUAGUAAUACAGUAUCGUAUUUUAAAUACGUUUUAUGUAUACCAGUUCAUUGCCAAUUUAUCACGAAAACUGGAACUGAGAACCAGAAACUGGAAUAAAUAAGAAUCGUGAUUGAAUGCAAUUUUGCCAUUAGUUUAUUUCCGUGCAUUGUCAUGCACAUACAAAGAGAAAUUAUUUUUAGUUUUUUUAAACAUUUUAUUAUAUAUUCGCGCGUACAGCAUUUAGUGUCGGCAAACGUAUCCAGGUACUCGGACGUUCAUUAGUCUUAGAUAGCUGCGUGCUAUAGAUAUUCUAAUAUUAUUUCAAUUCAGGAUAUUUUGUAAUGAAAAUAUGCAAUUAAUAAAUGACCUAAGAUUUUAGUAGCA